AUGGAGGCAGACGUUGGGAUGCCAUCACCUUGGCUUUCGUCACCACGACAUCCUCUUUCAGGGUCAUCAUCUGGACCUGAUUACCCUUCAGCAGAUGUGAAUGUAGAAGGAAGAGACUCAAGGUAUGCAGCAGACAGUUCGACAAAGAAGAUCGUAAAUGAAACCCCUGUGGGCAAGAUGAAGUAUGGACUUCCUCCGUUAGACGCUGAAACACGAAAUUUGGUUGCUCGCAUGCGCGAUCUUGUGUAUAACCAACGCCGCACCGACGAAGUGAAAAUUAAUAAACCC